GGGAAAAAUUGCCCCAAAGAAACCGGUGAUUGCCCCUCCAAAAACAUCGAAAAAAAAUUCGAUGAGCUCAGUUCAAAUGUUGACCAAAGCCCAGUGGAUGACAAAAAUCUGCUCUCGGACGAAAACGGAGUUAAACGAAGACAUUCUCUCGAUGAUGAAGAUGACAAGGAAGAAGGAGAGCUGAGCUCCGAUGAGGAGGUUGAAGAUAAUGCGGAUAUUGGCGAGCCACCAAUAAAGAAAUCACAUAUCCAACCGGCAGUUAACUCAGCCGGGUUACAAGGUUUGUUUAGAAAUUUCCCUGAAAUCCAAGACUUAUCAUACAAUACCACAUAUUACCACCCGAGGACCAAUUUUACCUCUUCAAUCUUUCGACCAUGUUAG